AUGAUGACGCGUAGUGGAACUCUAGCUGCAGCAGCAACAGAUGUAGUUACAUUAUCAAAUUCUAAGAGUUCACAUCCUACGUCUAGCCGUCGUCCACGUUCGCAAGUAACCAAAAAAAUAUUUAAUAAGAAUAACAAUGUUAGUGGUGCACAUUUGUUUGCUCGUUCAAACUCAACUACUGGCUCACGUUCUCCAUCAUCCGAUUCUUCAUCUUGGUCAUCUACUAACUCAUCAGACUCAUCAUCUAGCUAG